UUUGUUUUUUUGAUAAACAAGUGACAUUUAUUGAAAAAAUUCAAAAAAAGAAGAAAAAUUUUCACUUUGAUUCUUUAAAAAAAAUAAUUUCUAACUGAUCACAUCUAUCUCGAUUUGCAAACAAAACAAAAGCAAAAAUAUGUUGGCUCCCAUUCAGUAUUUGCUCUCAAAAAAACGUAUAAUAUUAGCAAGCGGUUCGCCAAGACGGCAGGAGUUGGUGAAGUUUAUAGGGUUAAAUGCGGAACUAUGUCCUUCCUAUUUCGAGGAGAUGCUGAAUCCUUAUGAUUUUGAGAAUUUUUCCAAAUUUAUAGAAGCUACCGCUUUGGGUAAAGCCGAAGAAGUUUACAAUCGCUUAAAGAUUGGCGAUAAUCAAGAAGAUUUAUUGGUUAUAGCGGCUGACACUAUGGUAACUAUGGGUUCGGAAAUCUAUGGCAAACCGAAAGAUAAAACAGACGCUGUACGCAUGUUGACUAAUCUCUCUGGCAAUUGCAAUCGUGUGUUUACUGGUGUCGUAAUAAAACAUUCAAAGGGCGUGCACAAAUUUACUGAAACGGCUGAUGUGUAUUUUGGUAAUCUCAGUAAAGAACAAAUAAAUGCUUAUGUGGAAUCGGGCGACCCCAUGGACAAGGCAGGCGCUUAUGGGGUACAAGGUCCCGGUGGCGCUUUAAUAUCUCGCAUUGAUGGUGAUUAUUAUUGCGUUAUGGGCUUACCUUUGCAUCGUUUGUGCUGCGAAUUAACCAAUCUCUUUAAAACCAAUUAGCAAAUGGUGAUUUCCUUCUCACUUAGAACAUUUCUUGUUAGUUCCUAUAAAUUACUUUCUUGUACAAGUUUUGUCUUUGAGGCAUUUAUUUGGUCCAAACCAAAGUAUAUACCGUAACAUAUAAUUGAAAUCACAUAAAAUCCUAUUGUUUUCUGUUUUAUGUUUUAAAA